AUGGAAGCUGCUGUAUCUGCCAUUGUAGGAGAACUACUCAGCCGCUUCAUCUCUUUCAUCAUCAAGAAACACGAAAAAAGGGCAUGUCGACUGGAGGAGAAGCUUGAAAAGUUGCAGCUUCUCCUGCUGAGAGUUCACACAGUUGUUGAGGAGGCCGAGGCGCGAUACAUCACCAACUCCAGGAUGCUGAAGCAGCUCAAAAUGCUCGUCGAUGGCAUGUACCGAGGUUACUAUCUGCUAGACACCUUUAAGUACCGGCCUGAUGUUCAGGAGAUCAAGAGUGACCAAGUCCAGGUGACAAACACAUCUUUCCCGUCAUUUGCAUCACCAGUCAAACGUUUUCGAACAACUGCUAGCACAACUUACAGCAUGCUCGAUAUAAAUGAUCUAGAGGGUGUUUUGGGAAAUUUGGAAACUAUUAUUGCAAAUAUGGCAGAGUUUGUAAUACUUUUAGCGGGGUGCAAACACAUGUACCGCCGCCCCUACGACAUCUAUCUUUACAUUGAUAACUUCAUGUUUGGUCGUGUUGUAGAAAAGCAGCAGAUCAUCAGCAUCUUGUUGCAAGAUAAUCCUCUUGGAGCUCCAACUAUACUGCCGAUCAUCGGUGGUUAUCUGGUUGGUAAGAAAACUCUGGUUGGGCAUGCCUGUCAUGACAGAAGAGUCCUAUCACACUUCUCUUCUAUUCUGCACCUGAAUGAAGAUGAUAUUAGGACAAAGGAUCAUAAACUGUCCACAGAUGUAAGGACAUUAGUUGUUGUUGAGUUCUUUUCAGAUGUUGACGAUGAUUGCUGGGCAAAGUUCCGUUCAGCUGCAACAUCCAUGGGUAGAGGAAGCAAAGUUAUCAUCAUGAGCAGGCUCCAAAAUAUUGCCAGGUUGGGAACCGUGAAGCCAAUUCGCCUCAAUACCUUGUCGCACGAGGAGUAUGUUUAUCUCUUCAAGGCGCUCGCAUUCGGAAGCACAAAUCCAGACGACUACCCUCAGUUGGCAUACAUAGGACUGGAGUUUGCAAGGUUGCUGCAUGGAUUGCUCCUGUCCGCAAAUGUCAUUGCCGAUAUGCUAAGAAAGAAUCUCAAUGUUCAGUACUGGCUCCUUAUAUUGAAACGGUACAGAAAAGUUGUAGAGAGUAACUUCUAUGAGUUUGGUGAGCAUCCGAAACUUCUUGUGGACAAAGGCCAUCCAGUGGACGUCACCAGAUUUGCAUCGCCAAAUGUCCACACGUCGCUUCGUCUUAUGCCUUCUCGUGGUGAAAGAAGCAUUGUGCAAAAAGAACGUUCAAAGGUGACAUUUAGGGACCUGAUAGCAGGAUCAAGUUGUACUACAACUUUGCCCAAGGAGGAGUUUGAGCACAAUGGACUGUUGCCAGUCUGGUGA